AAGCGGAGCGCACAGAGCGCAGCGGAGCAGCCGUCCCGUCCAUGCGCUUCCCGCAGCCCCACCAACCGAAUCCCGGCCUCGCUGCGGCCCCGGGCCCGGCUGCAGCAACACUCUUGGUGACUGUGGAUCAGACAUCUGCAAGUGGAUUGACAUCAACCACUCACAAGGUGACACAUCAAUGGUUCUAGAAUCUCUGGCUCUACCACCAGCUGUUCCCAUUGGCUUUAUUCACCACCAAACCAUUAACCUCCUAGUUGGGUAGCUUGAGCCGCAAAGCUGCUGUCUACGUGGACCGGGGCUGACGUCUCUCGUCCGCCUGCCAGGGCCUCCCCCUCCAAACCCAGAGAUAUGGCCACCAACGGGACCAAGAUUGCCGAUGGGCAGAUCUCCACCGAGGUCAGCGAAGUCUCUGUCACCAAUGACAAGCCCAAGACCCUGGUAGUGAAAGUUCAGAAGAAGAAGGCAGACCUUCCCGACCGGGACACCUGGAAGGGACGAUUCGACUUCCUCAUGUCCUGCGUGGGCUACGCCAUUGGCUUGGGGAAUGUCUGGAGAUUUCCUUAUCUUUGUGGCAAGAAUGGUGGGGGAGCCUUUCUAAUUCCCUAUUUCCUCACCCUCAUUUUUGCGGGAGUGCCGCUCUUUCUCCUGGAAUGUUCCCUGGGUCAGUACACGUCCAUCGGAGGCCUCGGUGUGUGGAAGCUUGCCCCUAUGUUCAAAGGUGUGGGACUAGCAGCAGCCAUGUUAUCUUUCUGGCUGAAUAUCUACUAUAUUGUGAUCAUCUCCUGGGCCAUAUACUAUCUGUACAACUCGUUCACUACGAACCUCCCCUGGCGCCACUGUGAAAACUCCUGGAAUACAGACCGCUGCUUCUCCAACUACAGCAUCGCCAACACCACCAACAUGACCAGCGCCGUGGUGGAGUUCUGGGAGCGCAACAUGCACCAGAUGACCGAUGGGCUGGAGAAACCUGGCCAGAUUCGCUGGCCUCUGGCUAUCACCCUGGCAAUUGCCUGGAUCCUAGUGUAUUUUUGCAUCUGGAAGGGUGUGGGCUGGACUGGGAAGGUGGUUUACUUCUCUGCCACAUACCCCUACAUCAUGCUGAUCAUCCUGUUCUUCCGCGGAGUCACGCUGCCGGGAGCCCGGGAGGGCAUCCUGUUCUAUAUCACUCCCAACUUCAGCAAACUGUCCGACUCCGAGGUUUGGUUGGAUGCCGCCACUCAGAUCUUCUUCUCCUACGGUUUGGGCCUCGGGUCCCUGAUUGCUCUGGGGAGUUACAACUCUUUUCACAACAACGUGUACAGGGAUUCUAUCAUCGUGUGCUGCAUCAACUCCUGCACCAGCAUGUUUGCUGGCUUUGUUAUCUUCUCCAUCGUGGGCUUCAUGGCAAAUGUCACUAAGAGGCCAAUCGCUGACGUUGCAGCUUCAGGUCCAGGCUUGGCCUUCUUGGCAUAUCCAGAAGCGGUGACCCAGCUGCCUAUCUCUCCUCUCUGGGCCAUUCUCUUCUUUUCCAUGUUGCUCAUGCUGGGAAUCGACAGCCAGUUCUGCACGGUGGAAGGAUUUAUCACUGCCCUGGUGGAUGAGUUUCCAAAUGUCCUGCGUAACCGGAGGGAGGUUUUCAUCGCUGUGGUGUGUGUCAUUUCCUACCUGAUCGGACUUUCCAACAUUACUCAGGGCGGGAUUUACGUGUUUAAGCUUUUUGACUACUACUCUGCCAGUGGCAUGAGCCUCCUCUUCCUGGUGUUUUUCGAGUGCAUUUCCAUAUCCUGGUGCUAUGGUGUGAACAGGUUCUAUGACAACAUCCAGGAGAUGGUUGGCUACCGGCCCUGUAUUUGGUGGAAACUGUGCUGGUCAUUCUUCACGCCGAUCAUCGUGGCGGGAGUUUUCAUCUUUAGUGCUGUCCAGAUGACCCCACUAACCAUGGGGAGUUAUGUGUUCCCCAAGUGGGGGCAAGGCGUGGGCUGGUUCAUGGCCCUCUCUUCCAUGAUCCUGAUUCCCAGUUACAUGGCCUACAUGUUCCUGACCCUAAAAGGCUCCUUAAAGCAGCGGAUCCAGGUCAUGGUCCAGCCGAGCGAGGACAUCGUGCGCUCCGAGAACGGUCCAGAGCAGCCCCAGACGAGCAGCUCAGUCAAUAGGGAAGCAUACAUCUAAAGGACUGGUUUGGGAAGAGGUACCAACACAACUCUGGAGAAACAAGAACGCUAACAACCUGGUUGGAUAUGAUCAAAAAUUGAUGCCUGAGGAUCAGUCUUUUUAAACCUACCUCUAGUGGCAAAACAAAAUGUAAUAAAAAGAGACCAUCACCACUAAAAGGGAAGUGAUGUGGGUAUUUUGUGGGAUCAGACAUGACCUAGUGUUUUGUGUUUUCUGGCAAUCUGCAGACUGUUAAUGUUUUUAUCCUUUCACAAUAAGAGUUGAUUAUCUUGGAAUUUGUAAUUAAUGGGUAGGGCAUUUUUAUUCUGCCUUUUAGCACGACAAUUUGAGGUUUUGUGCGAUUUUUAGUCAUUAUUAAUACCUUUCUUACUGCUGAAUCCCAAGACUGUUAUUUCUGACUUUGCAGGAGUUUGAGUCCAUUUGAAAGCCGUUUUGUACACAUGAGUAAAGUAUUUUGUACACAGAAGAUUUCCAGUAAGAGUUUGCCCUUACAAUCUGAGCAGAACUAUGGUAUCGGCCAUUCCAAAAGCAGAUUCAAUCGGAUGGCUUUUUAGAGACAAAUUCUUUUUCUAAAUUUCCCUCACACACACUAUCAGCAGUCGAGUAUCACAUCUGAGCUGUCCACAUUGCUUCUGACCACGCUUAUCACAACAGCAGGCAGUGAAGCAGGCUCUGACCCUUUGACAUCUACACAAAUGAGUUUUCGCUGACCACUAGAGAGGUAGAAUGUUCCAUGUUAGUACUUUAGCUGCUAGCUAUUAGGAACUCAUCCUAAAAUACCCUCAGUUCCCCCCUAGUGAAUGUUUGGGCUCUGCUUUUGGGAUAGCAUGCUGGGAAGGAAUUGGGGAACUUCUGACAGCAUGCAUCUAUCUGACUAGUGAUAUUGGAAGAAAUGGUGGUGCGCAUGCAGGCAGCAGCGGGAAAUUCACGUGUACUUAAUGCAGGGUUCGUCCAGGACACAAGCCCUCGCUUUCGUUCUAGGAGAGUGAAUAUCCUGUCCGAAAUAAAAACUCUCCAUUGCUCGAGUCAAGUGAACGGGGCUGACUAGGCUUUUGUUGAUCAGAUCACCCUUUCAUUGCCCGAGAAAGUCAACUUUUCCACUGGAAGCUUCUAUAUGAGAGCACUCUCCCACAAUCAUCCGCUCCCUAAAAUAAUUCAAGUCCCUCCCUACUCUCAGUAAUAAGCUGGGGACCAGACAGUGUGGGGGGAGGGGUGGGGGUCACAAGCACUUUAUAAAAUAAAAAAAGCUGUUUUAUUUGGGAGAACUUUCUUUCCAGAGGUGUGGCUCAGUAGUGGUGAUGGUGCUGAUGGUAAGAGGACAGUUUAUUGCUAAAACAUUAACUAAAGCUCCACUGGCAUAGCAUUCCUUGUCUGGCAGCUACCCGCAAGAUAUCAGAAAACUGCAGUAUUUCAAUUGUCUGAUUGUAAAUGACUGUGAGAGAACUGUGCAAUGAAACAUGCUUUUUAGCCAAUUUUUGUGCAACGUAAAAUGUUAGCUAGCACACAGACUUUAUGUAGAAUUAACCUGUGAAGAACAUGUUAACUGUGGCUGUUCUUUCUUUUUGUUGUUUUCGUCUAAGGUGAGCAACAUAUCUGUUCUUGCAAUAAGGUAUUAUUCUCAGAAUGUCAAGCACAUAUUGUAGAAUAUAUAUACACAUACUCCCACACACAGAGUCUCAUUAAAGGGUAUUGUUUAGUAGAUUCUAAAUUGUAAAAUAUUCUAAAAUCUAAGACAUUUUACAUGUUGAUAGCUGAAUAUCAAUAAUCAAAUGCGAGAGUCUUGUAAGUAUUCAGGGUUUAGACAAAAUAAAUUGUAUCCAAUAUAAUAUCAUGCUACCACAUCUUACACAAUACAUAUAAACCAUAUCUGUGGCUUUCAUUAGAAUAAGGAUGAAAGCAUCCAACUUUCUCUAUUGUUUAAUGUAACCAGGUCCCAUGUUGUUCUAAGAAAAAUGCAGUAUUUAAUGUUUGAUUGUCAAUGAUUAUGACAGAUGUUUGGCAGCAGAUUUCUGCACAAACUAUUUAUCAUACCUAGAGCACAAAAUUAGUGUUGUAGAACUACUGUGUGAACUGUGAAUAACUGUAACUUUUUGUAGUAUUUGCCCUAAAAAGAGAUAUUGUAUUAUCAUAUAUGCUUUUUGCAAUAAGGAAUUAUUAUCAGAACACCAAGCAAAUCUAUCUCUAUAUAAAAAUAUAUAUGUAAUAUAUACAUAUUCAAAAAUAUAUACAGAGCCUGUUAAAAGAGUACAGUAAUAUUUAGUAAAUUACCUGUUCUACGGACCAAAUGUAAAAUAUUUAUAAAUGAAGAUGCAUUUUAAAUGUCUAUACAUGGUGUCAUAUGAAAGCACGGUUGUUAUGUAACUUUCCGAGAAUUAAAAAAUAAAAUAAAGGUUCUAUGAAGCAU